GUGAGUUUGUACGUAUCGAGAUGAUUCUGAAGCAACAAAACACGAAAAUACAACAGUUGGAGAACAAGAUUACCUUUCAAGCAGUCAAUGUAGACAACAUGGCUGCAAACAAAGGAAAUAGCCUCGAACGACUCGCUUUGGACGUUAAGGAAUGUUGUGGAAGAACAAAGAAACGAAUACAAAGGAGUGUUGACGUGGAAGACUCACUAUUGCAGGGAGCAACUAACGACACGAAGAGUGAGAGCCGUCUUAUCGGAAAACUGACCAAAAUAAUGCAGCAGCAAAUGACUAAAGCUAUCUCUGCAAAGAACUUUAUCGCUAUACGAGGGAGAAGAGGCAGAAGAGGACCCAGAGGACCACCAGGACCCAUGGGUAAACCAGGUAGAACAGGCAAGCAAGGAAUACCGGGACUGAAAGGUGAUCCAGGAAAAAAUGGAGUUGCCGGUCCUCGAGGCAUGCCGGGACCGAAAUGGGACCGCGGUCCUUCGUUAGAACAUCCAUCAGUUGUCGUCUCUCCCCCUCAUUUGAUCGUCAAUGAAAGCAAGUCUCCUAUCCUGAAUUGUUCUGCUAAAGGAUAUCCAAGACCAUUCAUUGUAUGGUCUAGAGUCAAUGGUUUGAUGCCCACGAAUGCAUUCAUAAUAAAUAAUACUGACAUUGGGAUACAAAAGGUUACACCUCUUGAGUCAGGUAUAUAUCAAUGCCAGGCUUCUAAUAUUCUUGGUAAAGUAAAGAAGACAGCAAGAAUUGAAGUCAACUUUAGUCCUAGAGUUAAUCUAAACAGAGGACCUGUGCGUGUCAAGCAUGGGAAUAAUAUAACCCUUCCAAAGUGUCACGUGACUGGGCACCCCGAACCUAAAGUCACGUGGUAUAAAGCUGUUGGUUUGUUAUCAAAAACACGAACCGUUGUCAAAGACRGCAAGCUAUCGAUAUCAAACUCAGCCAUAAAUGAUUCUGGUACAUAUUUGUGUAAAGCAGAAAACCUACUUGGAUCAGCCGUUGCAGGGACAAUGAUAGUUGUAAUACCAAUACCAUUAUUUGUGAUCAAACCACCUGUAGAUUUAGAAGCCUACUUUGGAACCAAUGCUGUAUUAAAUUGUUCUGCUAAAGGUGUUCCUGAACCGCUGAUAAAAUGGAAGAAAGAAAACGGCCAUCUUCCAGCUGGACGACAUGAAGUGAAAGAUGGAUCUGUCGUUAUUGAAAAUGUUGCCAAAUCUGAUUCUGGUGUCUACGUGUGUACCGCUACAAGUGGUGGAGUUGCUGACACGGAAGCUAAAACACGAAUAAACAUUGUCUACAGAGAUUGUGCAGAUAUCUACAAAUCAGGCGAAAGACGUAGCGGUGUGUACACAGUAAAACCCGACAGUCAAGGACCCUUUCAAGUCUACUGCGACAUGACCACUGACGGAGGGUGGUGGACAGUGUUCCAGAGAAGACAAGAUGGAUCUGUUGAUUUUUAUCUUGGAUGGCAGCAGUACAAAGCAGGUUUUGGAAACCCGAUUGGCGAGUUCUGGUUGGGUAAUGACUACAUCCAUCGACUAACAGCAAGAACACCGUCGACUCUACUUGUGGACCUGGAGGACUGGAGUGCAGUAAAGUAUUUUGCCAAAUAUGGUAGUUUUAGUGUUGGUUCUGCAUCAGACAAGUACAGACUGAAGGUUGGUUCUUUUUCGGGUGACGCUGGGGACUCACUAAAAUACCACAAUAACAUGUUCUUUUCUACCAAAGAUCAAGAUAUUGAUCUCUGGAACAAAAAUUGUGCAACACUACGCGCUGGUGCUUGGUGGUAUACUUCUUGUUUUCGUUCCAAUCUCGAUGGGAAAUAUUUGGGAAACACCAUUGAUGGGAAAGGGAUUACCUGGAAUUAUGCAAAAAAUAACUAUUAUUCAUUCAAGCGUUCAGAAAUGAAAGUACGACCCAAAACAUUGUAA